UGCUCCAGUGGAGACAUUCUAGAAGAGCACAGGGAGGAGCUGAGAUGGCCUUCUUCAACUUAUACCUAAUGGGAUAUCAAAAUGCCUUUCGGAACAAAAAGAGGGACACAACUGAAGAGACAAACCAGAAGGAGCCAGGGAUUCCUAGGCUCCCUCCCAUUGUCUCAGAAGAUGGGAAUUAUCCUGUGCACCACAACAGCCACACUAAGUACCACGAAGCUGUACGGAAGGUGUGGUUGAAGACAUUCCCCAAUCAGGUCUACAGAGUCCCUUUGACUGAUGCUCAGAACUUCAGUUUCUGGCGGUCCCACGAUCCGGGAGUGCGCCCAGAGGAAGCCAUGCCGUGGAUCCGGAGCCCCUGCCACUGUCUCAUUAAGAGCCCGAUGACCAGGUUUAUGGAUCACUGUAUUCUCAAUGACAGAACCUUUAGUCUAUACUGAAGACAUGACCGCAGAAGGACAAGGUAGACUGCGCAAGGAGUGGAGUGUCAAGUGGGGAGAGUGGGUGGGGUGUCCCAAUUCAGGUGGGGACUGGAUGGGAGGGGUUUGAGAAAUCAGAGUAAACAGAUGGGACCAAAAGUUGCCUGGAUGCCUGGGGGCAGUGGGAGGCAGGGUUAUUCCAAUACCCCAGACUGCAAGUGCGUGAGAGAUUCUGCAGAAGCCAGAUCUGGGGAGGAGAGGUUUGAGAGGGGCGAAGGCCCUGGAAAGACAACCACACAGAUCCCUUGGACAGGAGGGUUGCCACCUCCGCCAGACUCUACCACUGCUGACCCAACCCAGGGCCCAGAACAGCUGCAGAGAACAGGGAAUUUUACAAAGAAUUUGAUUUUAUUGAUAUUUAAAUAUAUUAAAUAUUUCACUGAAAUACAUGGUAUGCCACCCUCCCCCAACCUCCCACAGUGGUUACAUUGUAAAACCAAAGCCCACAGCCUCCCAUCCCCCGACUCAUCCUCCAGCAUCGGCAGCCUGGGGGGAAGGGCACAGCUGGCAUGGUGCUAUGGGGAGUAGGGGGGCUAGGAGGUGGACAGGCCCCAGCCACCUGGCAAGCAGCAGAGACAGGCCACCCAGGACUGAGGUCUUCCCACUCUGGUUUGCUGACACUCACAUGCCCACACCAUGACACCAAGCAUCCCCCUUCCUAGUCAGAGAUACGGCUUGCAGAAGGGAAGUGGGUUUCCCAUCUGGAUCAGCUGCCUUGGCUAAUGAAGCGCCUAAUGGCCCACUUGGUUAAUGCGUGAGAAACGCCCAAGGCAGGCAGUACCGAGCCAGAGACAGGCUUCUGCAGGGAGCUGGUAUCAGAAGAGUAUUGAGGGGAGGGUAAGAGCGCCCUCUGCUCCCCGAACCCUGCAACUCUAGGGUUUAUUCUCUUCUCUCUUUAGUCUCUUUGUGCAGAAUCCACGCUAUUGCCUCUGGCUUAACUAGGUAUAGGCAGAGAAGCCAAGGCACCAGCUAAUUCAGGCCAGAGUCAAGGCGAUUACAGGGAAAGGAGUGAGACAGGAUAGGAAGAGAAGCUGGAGUCCAACUUACUAACCCUCUUCCAUCCCUCACAGGCUUCAUGGGGCUGGGGAGGCAGGAGCAGGCUAGACCCAGGCAAAGGCCUAGUGUAAGAUUCCCCUGCCCCACCCCUUAGUACCAGUAGCUGGGUCCUCAGAGGGACCCCAGACUUACCCUCAUCUUAAAGCAUACCACAUCCCAGGACACAAGCUGGGGAACCCAAGAAGAUUCCUGCAAAGCCUGCCCAACAAACCCUAAACAGGCAAAGUGCCCAGGGCACUGAGGCUCAGGCAGGCACCUGUGUCCCUGCCCUAGGCAGGGAGACAGUCAUGCUGCACACGUGGCCCCCAAAUGGCACUUAGGGAU